AUGAAUGUAAGAUCCGUCAUCUGCUUCGCAUUCGUCACCUCACGCCAGUUCACCGUUGUUACCCUCCUCGCCCUCGCCUCAACCGCCGUUGCGGCCUCGGACAUGACCGCGUACGCCAAGCGCGCGCACCUCCACAACCACGCUGAGGAGCGUGACGGUCCCGUUGACCUCGUCGGUAAGAGCCAGCACAACAGCGACCGUCGGCUUGACGGCGUGCUCUAUGAUGUUAACACCCUUGGCCGUCGAGCCUGCAACCCCACCGCCUGCAGCUGCAAGUACGUCCUCGCCGGUCUGUUCUGCGGUGACGGCCUCCUCGGCUGCAAGAAGGGCUACGUCUACCAGUGCUCGGGCGGCCCCAAGUCGUGCGAGUUCGGGCUUCGUGACUCGUGCAAGCAGUGCAACCAGCUCCAGUGCUAG